AUGUCUUUUAAUCCGGAUAACUCUACUGAAAUAUUCAAUAAUGUCGAGCUGACAAUCGAAAAUCAUGAUUAUAAUGAAUUGAGGUCCACUAUUGUGAUAACUUUUUUCGUCAUUUACAUACUAGUCUCAUGUGGGUCUUGGUGCAUUUAUGCAGCUGGAAAGAUCAGUGAAGAAGCUAAUGUGUAUCAUUUUGAAAACGAAUUCAAGCCAGAUAACGAAGAAUCAAAGUCUAAGUUCAAAAGAAAGGCAGCUGUUAGCAAGAAGUUUUAUGAUUUGGAAGGAAUGAGAGAGGAUGGAAUCAAUACCUCGUUUUUUUAA